AUGGAUAUGAAUUUUACCAAUCCAAACUUCACCGAUCUCUUGAACAGCCAACAAGAGAUCAUCUUUCCAAAAACUUUUUCCCAACAACAAUCACCUUUAACUGAUCAUAGUAGACUAAAUAAGGAUACUGGUUAUUCCUCCACCUCCAACACGGCCUGUCAUGUGGAGGAAGAACUAGAGGAGAGGCCCUUAGGUGUUAAGGCGUCCAAGGUGAAAGAGAAGAAGAGAGGUAAGGGGGAGAGUGAAGAAACAGAGGAGAGUUCUUUGAAGGUGCUUCAGGAGAUGUGGCUAAUAAAGGAGAAGGACAACAUUGUCAGGGAAAGACUAUCGAAGAAGAAAAUCCUUGAGGGUCUCAUUCUCAAGUCCGAACCACUUUCACAGGGAGAACUCACACUGAAGAACAAGUUAGUGGCUGAGAUGUGCGAUGGAGAAGAUCUGACAGAGGAGGAGGUGUGA